GAUGUACCUUUCUUCGCGGCAGCUUUGGGGCCCAUUGUGUCGAGUGUGUCGUGAAUUUGCUCGAAUAUCGUGAUAUUUGUCGUUAGGCGUGGAAGCGAACUAUUUCGAGAUUUCCUCUGCUCCGGUGGAUGAGAUAUUUCCAAAGUUGCUGAGGUGGAGCCUUUCGCUUAGGGCUCCGUUAUCCAUUCGCAGGCCACGGGUGCUCAGCGGAAAAUCACCGGGAACACUCCGGGUGAAUGAUUCCCGGAAUAAAGAUAUUCCUUCCACGGAUAUGGCGGUGAAGUCACGUGUUGGAGACCUUGCGCGUAUAUGCAUACAGUGCAUAUAGGUAGCUUACAGGGCUUGUCACACUGUACCUACUUUCUCUACCCCCACCUCAUCCUCUACACCAGCGAGUUAUACAAUGCCUCACGACUCGAUCAGUCUCUUUUAUCGCUCUUGAAGAUUCCUCGUGAUGGCUGCAAAGAGGAAGAGACAUCAUAUAAAGAGCCUAUCUGCGGGGCGGCCACCGACAGCUCAGAGACCGAGGUCGAUAUCGAGGAAAGCCACCAAGGCACUGAUUAAUUCUCACCACCUUCUGCAGAAGAAGAAGGCCCAGGCUAUUGCUAAAGGAGACCACGCCACCGAAAAUGCGAUCGACGCCGAGAUUAUUGCGUUAGGUGGCAUUGAGAAGUACCAACUGGCCAGUCUGCAGGGCCAGCGGCUUGAUCGCGGGGGUGAUACCUCCCGUAUCUUGAUGGAAUGGCUUUCGCCGUUGACAUCUGUUAUACGCCCUUCGGCAGCGAAUCGUCUCAGGAUGCUCGAGGUUGGAGCCCUGAGUACCGCCAAUGCCUGUUCCAGGAGCGCUGUCUUCGAUAUGGAAAGGAUAGACCUCAAUAGUCAAGGUGACGGCAUCACGAAGCAAGAUUUCAUGAAAAGACCACUACCUAGAGAUGAUUCUGAUCGCUUCGACAUUAUUAGCCUCUCGUUGGUCUUGAACUUUGUUCCCGAUGCUAUUGGGCGAGGCGCCAUGCUUCUCAGGAGUUUGGAUUUUCUCAAGCAACCUAAGGUGCGACGCUCGUCCGAGCGGCGUGAUCUCUUUCCUAGCUUGUUCAUGGUCCUACCCGCUCCGUGCGUUACCAAUUCAAGGUAUAUGAACGAGUCUCAUAUGGUAUAUAUUAUGAAUACAUUGGGAUACACGAAGGUCCGCAGCAAGACUACCCAGAAAUUGGUCUACUAUCUCUGGGUCCGAGAAUCUAUCCCCCAAUCGCCGCCUGCGAUACUUAAGAAAAUGGUACUUCGGCCAGGGAAAUCUAGGAAUAACUUUGCGAUCAUGCUUCGUGUCGCGCCGGGGUGACAACCAGGCGGCUGGAGUAACUCUCGAGGUUGCCACCUUAGUGUCCAAACUUGUCGACGAGUUGUGCUGCCUCGACGGGUUCGGAUGCAUAUGUAGCCACAUCAUGUGAUGGUGGGCAUCACGAUGGCGCCGAAUGGGUCCCGU